AUGGCAAGAAAGUCUAUUGUAGAAAUCAGAAAUUCUGAUGUUAGAUUAAAAACACGAAGUUCACAAUAUGGAGUAAGAGAUAGCACCGGUCGUAAAUUUAUUGGUUCCCAGAGAACUAGUUUGAUGCAAACCAGGAAUAGAAAAAGACAGAAGCGAUUAUUCGAGUACAAUAUCCCAACUACUUCAAGUCCGCCGAUUCGCAAGAGGAAUCAAAAUGGUACAGUAAUUAACCUAAAAGAUGACCCUAUAACAAUCGAUGAAGAAAAUAGCGAUAUGGAAAGCAAAGAGAAAGAUGAUGUAGAUGAUGAUUUGGAAGUCCUGGAGAUCGAUACAUUUCCAGCUGAAACUGAAGAUGAACGAAUUGAAAUAUUAGAUGACUGCAUACCUUUAACAACGGUAGAUAAUAGGAACGAAGAAACAAUUAAUUCAAUAGAGAAUAAAGAUGAUGUUUCCAAUGACGAAGAUAUCAUUACAUGUCCCAUUUGUAAUCAUGACUUAUCAAACUUUGAACUAUACGAAAAAGAAGCCCAUUGUGAGUCAUGCCUAGAAAGAUUAAAUGAAAAUGAGGUUCCCCUUGAAAGAAGUAAAAUAAAAUGUUCCUCGACGAUAAUCGAGUCUGGAGGACAGAUUGAUCAAGCAACAUCGACCAUCAGCUCUACACAGGCGAUUCAUAUGAAAAGUACAUCUAAACCUAAACAGUCUGGAACUUCCAAGAAAAAGAGUCCACCAAAGCCAAAAAAACAAUUGCCAAGAAUAAAGAUAUUAAAAUUUAACGAUGGUUAUAAGAUUGUAGUUGAUGGUUUUAAUUUUGCUCCUGAUGAAGAUAUAUCGAAAUAUUUCCUGUCACAUUUCCACUCGGAUCAUUAUAUAGGUUUAAAGAAAUCGUGGGAACAAGGUGAAGUUUAUUGCUCAGAAAUAACCAGUAGGUUAUUACAAUACAAAUUUAAAUUUCCUGAGGAAAAGAUAAAUAUUUUAAUUAAUAAUGAGCGAACAUGGAUUACUGAUACGAUAUCUGUUAUUGCAUUUGAUGCGAAUCAUUGUCCAGGCGCACAGAUAUAUUUAUUUCAAGAAUAUGAAAGUAAGACAGAUCUGAAGAUACCUAUAAAGCAGAUCAUUCAUACGGGAGAUUUUAGAAGUACUGACAGCAUAAUUGAAGGGUUUUCUAACGAAUAUCCAAUUGAUUCUAUUUACUUGGAUACAACAUACCUCUCACAUACCAAUGAUUUUUCAUUACAAAAUGAAAUAGUUAAAAAGACUAGUAACUAUGUUAAGGUAUAUUUUAAAAAAAAGGAUGAAAAUUGUGCAAAACAUCGAAAUUUUAGCGUAGUACCUAUUCCAACAAAAAAAUUAGUGCUAGUUGGAGCAUAUGCUAUAGGGAAAGAGAAAUUGGCAAUAAAUAUAGCAACCCAACUGGGUUGUAAGUGCUUUGUGUAUAACAAAGAAUUAAGAUCCCAUUACAUGGACUGUGGUGAUCAAACCAUUGAUUCUAGUAUAAAUGUACAUUUGGUGCCACUUGGUAUGUUAAAAAGUGAAGAAACGAUUUCAAAGUAUCUUAAAGAAGUUGUCAAAGUUAAAUGGCUUGAUGUAAUGGUUGUGGGGGUGGUACCAACUGGUUGGACUUAUGGUAAUAUGUGGGAGAGUCGGAAUUUAACCUUAUCUAAAAUGGAAAAAAUUUCAGUUUCGAAAGCAGCUUGGGAAAAUAAGAAUAAAGAUUUACUUCCUGAAAAUUGGUUUGUAAAACAAGUGAAUGCAAAUAAGAAAUUUCAAAUAUUCAAAGUACCUUAUUCAGAACAUUCAAGUUUUUCUGAAUUAAUAAGGUUUGCGACUAGUGGUAAGUUUAAAUGGAAGGAAAUUCUCGCUACUGUAAAUUUAGAAAACCUAGACCGUGCUAGGGAUAUGAUAGAGUGGUUUGACGUUUGGAAUGCUAUUAAUAACAAGAAAUUUGAAGAUGAAAUGCAAUAA